GCGGCGGCGGUGGGACGCGGAGGCUCCCCCGGGACUCGGCCUCAGCAGCGAGGCGGCGGCGGCGGCGGCUGCGGAGGCGCAGGCAGCAGCUGAGGCAGCGGCGGGCUCAGGUGCAGCCGCUGAGUGAAGACGUAGUCCAGAGAGGGAGGUGUAAAGCUACAGGCUGGACAUAACUUGUUUUUUUCAAAGUUCCCUGUGUUGUGAACUGAGCUUGAGUGCAGCAAAAUCUUUGAGGAAGCUAAAGCUGUGUGUAUUUGUGGAUCAGACAAGUGCAGCAAGUUAAUAUCAUUGGCUUCUGAAGGGGAGAGUGAGGUGAUGGCUGCGUUUAAGUUGGAUUUCCUUCCAGAAAUGAUGGUGGAUCAUUGCUCUUUGAAUUCCAGUCCCGUCUCAAAGAAAAUGAACGGCACCCUGGACCACCCAGACCAACCAGAUCUUGAUGCUAUCAAGAUGUUUGUGGGCCAGGUUCCGAGGACCUGGUCUGAGAAGGACUUGAGGGAACUCUUUGAACAGUAUGGUGCUGUCUAUGAAAUCAAUGUCCUAAGGGAUAGGAGCCAAAACCCUCCUCAGAGCAAAGGGUGCUGUUUUGUUACAUUUUACACCCGCAAAGCUGCAUUAGAAGCCCAGAAUGCUCUUCACAACAUGAAGGUCCUCCCAGGGAUGCAUCAUCCUAUACAAAUGAAACCUGCUGACAGUGAGAAGAACAAUGCAGUGGAAGACAGGAAGCUGUUUAUUGGUAUGAUUUCCAAGAAGUGCACUGAAAAUGACAUCCGAGUCAUGUUCUCUUCAUUUGGACAGAUUGAAGAAUGCCGGAUAUUACGGGGACCUGAUGGCCUGAGCCGAGGUUGUGCAUUUGUGACUUUUACUACAAGAGCCAUGGCACAGACAGCUAUCAAGGCAAUGCACCAAGCACAGACCAUGGAGGGUUGCUCAUCCCCUAUGGUGGUGAAAUUUGCUGAUACACAGAAGGACAAAGAACAGAAGAGAAUGGCCCAGCAGCUCCAGCAGCAGAUGCAGCAAAUCAGCGCAGCAUCUGUGUGGGGAAACCUUGCUGGUCUAAAUACUCUUGGACCCCAGUAUUUAGCACUUUAUUUGCAGCUCCUUCAGCAGACUGCCUCCUCUGGGAACCUCAACACCCUGAGCAGCCUCCACCCAAUGGGAGGGUUAAAUGCAAUGCAGUUACAGAAUUUGGCUGCACUAGCUGCUGCAGCUAGCGCAGCUCAGAACACACCAAGUGGUACCAAUGCUCUCACUACAUCCAGCAGUCCCCUCAGCGUACUCACCAGUUCAGCAGGGUCCUCACCAAGCUCCAGCAGCAGCAGCUCUGUGAACCCCAUCGCCUCUCUUGGAGCCCUGCAGACAUUAGCUGGAGCAACAGCAGGUCUCAAUGUCAGCUCUUUGGCAGGGAUGGCUGCUUUAAAUGGUGGCCUGGGCAGCAGUGGCCUUUCCAACGGCACUGGGAGCACCAUGGAGGCCCUCACGCAGGCCUACUCUGGGAUCCAGCAAUAUGCUGCGGCGGCACUCCCCACUCUGUACAACCAGAAUCUGUUGACACAGCAGAGUAUUGGUGCUGCUGGAAGCCAGAAGGAAGGUCCAGAGGGAGCCAACCUGUUCAUCUACCACCUGCCCCAGGAGUUUGGAGAUCAGGACCUGCUGCAGAUGUUUAUGCCCUUUGGGAAUGUCGUGUCUGCCAAGGUUUUUAUAGACAAGCAGACAAACCUGAGCAAGUGUUUUGGUUUUGUAAGUUACGACAAUCCUGUUUCGGCUCAAGCUGCCAUCCAGUCCAUGAACGGCUUUCAGAUUGGCAUGAAGCGGCUUAAAGUGCAGCUCAAACGUUCGAAGAAUGACAGCAAGCCCUACUGAGCGUGCUCCCCUCUGAGACUGGAGUGAGAGGGUCUUCUGGCACAGCUUGCCCUGAAGACCCGGCUACUGCCUUCUGUGGGAGUUGCGCUUCGUACAGAGGACGAGUUUGUGCUUUGGUUUCCAGUGUUUUACUUUGGAGUUUAGGUGCCAUAUCCUGAGUUUUUUUCUUUAUUUAAAGUUUGCUGUGUUUGUAACCAGUGUGUGUUGAGAAGGACCAACAUCAAACCACCCUGGGGGAGGAGGGGAAUGCAGAAACAUUUAAAAAAAUCAGAACUUGCCCCGAACUACCCCAACAGAGAGGACUGAGUGAAACCAAAAACGGACCCCCAGAAUCUCUCGCAUGUUAGAGUGGGUGAGAUGAGAACUGACGUCCAGGAGCUGUGGGGGCGGCACGGGUGGAGGUGGCUUUGGAGAAGAGUGAGAGUGGCUUGACCCCAGCAGCCCUGGGACCUGAAGGCUGAAGCUCCUCUGCGGCUCCAGUCUCUGGAAAUACUGAGUUCUUGCCACCUAUUUUCCAGAUUCUUGUCCAAGAUUUCUGCCCCUCUUUCCCAAGAAGGGGCUAAUAAUUCUCUGGAAAUAAAGCACCUGUUAAAUAAGCCUGAUAUUUGCAAAAAGCAAGGGGGAGACAUCACCCUUUCCCAGCUUUCCCAGCCAGCCAUUGGUGUUGGAUUGGCACUGCCUGGCUGGUGGCUUUUAGGAAGCAGCAGCUGGUCAAAGAGGUCAUUUUUAUUUUAUUUCAACACCGAAUGAUUAGACCAUGGCCCCUUUCUAACAGGUCCCUUUAAAGAAGGCCUCUAGGGAAGGCACUGCUUGGUUUCCUUCCUUGUAGUUGACCACAGCAGGGAAUGUCCCUUCCAUCCCAGGCCACAGUUUUCUCAUGAGGGUAGAUCUAAGAAGGGCUUAUAGUGUGUAGCUGAAGGGGGCACCUCCUGAGCAAAGUGAUCAAAAGCCAUCGAGUUGGAGGAGCAGGAGCCUGCUUCGUGGUGUACCUGAACCAGAAGUUCCCUUCAAGCCAGAGUGCUGCAUUUGCCAGUGCCUGGCACUUGGUACUUAGAAGGAUUGAGAAAUCCAUGCUUGCCUCCUUGGUUGAGGGGUCCCAGACAUGGUAUUCCCACCGAGGCAGGCCCCUCUUCUAGCCACUCCAGCCCAUCUGCUCUUGGGAACAGAGGAGACAGCAGGACGUUUACAGCCUCCACAUGGAUUUAGUGUUCAUUUACCUCAGUAUUACCGUGUUCAUUUUUGUCCUCGUGCUUACAGUGAGCUGCCUGCUGCCUUGCACAGGUCCCACUCCAGCUCUUGCCUGUGACCCACACAGUCUGGGCUCUGCCUCUGCUCCAAGAAACACUGUGGGGGUGGAGAGCCAGAAGGGACAUGCUGUUGAGAAUGUGCACCUGGGCAGAGGAAGCCCUGUUAGGAUGUGACUCUCAGCCAAGGCCAGGGACUGGGUCCUUGGGAUCUUAAACCUCACAAACAUCAGUCCUGACCCCUCGCAGCAGAGAGGAGAUUUAAGGGGUUGGUUUGCUAUUAAGUCGGAUGGGGGCUCUCUCCUUGUCAUGCUGUCCAUUUGGGUGACAGACAGGGAUUGACCGUCUUGCUGUUGUACAGGUAGUUGGUGGUGUUGGAUUAUCCCAUUGAAGCUGGGACAGCUGUUCCCUUCUCAUAGGGAUAAUUUGGGUCUGUUGUCCUCUAAGAAACGUGAAACAUACUUCUUAAGCUGAACCACGUAAACUUGAAUUCCGCGCACUGGGAGAAAUGUGUCCUGUGUUUCAAGGAUAAAACUGUUCCAAAGGCUUCCAGGGUCAUGAUGGGAUUUUUUAAAUAAACGCAAAAAAUAAAAAUAAAAAAGAAAAAAGAAAACAAAAAAAGAAAAAAAUGCUAGGUUGGGGAGGCGCUGUUCUGAAUCCCAACCGGCUGGAACCAAGAAUGUCGUUUCUAUUUUUAUAGAAGUUUUAUACAGCUCCGGGGUGGAGAAUAUUUAUUACCUAAAUUAUAUCUCUGGAAAAGGCCAGGAUUUUGUAGAAUCCAGAAUGUGAUUGUUGUACACACAGGGUGCUGUGUAUGAUUGAAACUACUGACUUUCUGUGGCCCGUUUGCAGCCCAGCUAAUCUGCCGGAGGGGAAGGAGUUAAUGCUGUGAAUUGGCAGAGGAGAGAGCUGUGCUCCCCAGGUGCUGCCGGUGCUGGGAUCGCUAGCCUUCUGUUCUGUCUUCCUCCUUGGCCAUCAUGGGGUUUUCCAAAGCCCAGAACUCCUUUCUCCCCUUUCUCUCCCUCCUCCCCCAUUUCACUAUUAUUUGUCCACAGAUUUGUCCUGGGCUCUGGGACCUUAUGAAACCCCUUUCCGAAUGACAUGAAAGGCAGAGGUGCAGUCAACCCGCCUUUGAUACCAGACCCCGAGGUUUCGUACCUGCUUGUGCGUUCUCUUUUCUAAAAAGAGCAUAUGCCGCAGCAGGGCCCUGGGCUGCCACAGCGGCCAGCUGGUGACACCAGGCAUUUCUCUCUGUUCUCUUCUCCCCUGCCCGGUGAGUGAGCACAGCAGCACUGCCCUUGAGCACAGUUCUCUCCCCAGGCCAAAGAUGGUGUUGUGAAGAAGCUGCUCCCCCACGAGUCUCACGGUGUGAAAGGGUUCAGCUUGGAGCGUGGAGACUCGCAGUCAAGUCUUAAGCAAUCCUUUUCUGUUGUGUGGGGGUUUCACUUACGUAAAUGUGUUUUCUGCUGUAGUUUUGUUUCUUACUUGGGUUUCAUCAUGAAAUCGAUUUGCCUUGAAUGCAGCCAGACACUGUCUCCUGGGUCCCACAUGAGUGGCCAGGGCCUGCGUGGAAGCUAAGAGCUUGGAUUUCUGGGAACAAAGGACUGUCCCCGUAGGAUGGAGGAGAAAUCCUGGCCCUCUCCCCUAAAGUAACAGCCCCCGCCCCCAGCAUCCUUUCUGUUCUGCCUGGGUCUUGACCAGGGAGUGGGGGAGAGGCUGAGGCUCUGCUCCACCAGAGACCUUCUCAGAGGUGUCUGGCGCUUCAGGGGAAAUCCAAGCCUUAGGUUCCCUCUGUCUCUGGCAGUUGGAUGUUUUCUUGGUGUCCUCCAUGUCCUUUUUGACUUUUCCCUGUGUCCAUUGUUAGCAUGUGCAAAAGUUCCCUGUCAUUCCCCAGCCCCUGCCCUGCCGCCUCCUCGUCUCAGGGCUGCACACAGUGAGUGUUCCUGUUCUCUCUCUUCGUUUGGAUGUAUUGCUCUGUGUAACUCAGUGGGUCUCCCUCUUUCUGGUUUGUUUUUUUUUCUAGAUUCCUGCCGUUUGUUCAUCGUUGUGCCUAAAGCAUGUCGAUGUGGCGUCAAGUACAUCGUCCAAAUCCCUGUCUCUUCAGCUUCUCUGAUGCUUGAACUCUCACCUUUGACCUUGUGUUGACCUUUGAUGCUGACGUGUAUUUUUAUUAUGUUUGUUUCUUUCUUUGUUUUUUCUUUUUUCUUUCCUUUUUUUUUCUUUUGUGCUGCCAAAUUGGUUUUGCUAGAACGACUGCUGAAGGGGAAAUAUUUAAACUUGCAUUUGAAUAUAAAAAAAUCUAUUUUUCUAGAACUUCAUAAGAUAACCACUUGAUUUUGUGAUUCCAAUUCUUUGUAAUUGUCUUCAGAGCAGCCCUACUAGCACAUACCGCGUGGUGUUUGUAUUUCUGUGAACACACAGCCAGUCCGUUUCUAGGCUUUGUUUCUCUGUGUGCUUAGUUUUAAAGACAACUUUGAAGUAAACAAUGAAAUAAAAGAUGUCACUAAAACCUUUGAGGCUCCUGAGCACAUUUUGCUGAUACAGUUUGUGGGGCUUGAGGAAGCCGCAUGUGUUCUUGUUUUUGUUUUUCUGAGUUCUCGACUGCAGAAAACACCUGAACCCCUUUUCUUUUUUGACCGCAGGCUGCAGCUUGGGCCCCAGCCAGCCCUUUUCCUUUGUCUUUUGUGGUUCCUCCCUGUAGCGACCCUGCGGGGAGACUUCACCUCCCUCUGGCCGCUUCCCCUCGCCCAUCUCCAUGCUUGUUCCUACAGUCUCCACAGCAAAAUGUGAUGCUUUGAUUUUUUUGUUUUUGUUUUUGUAUUGUUUUUGUGUUUUUGUUUUGAAUUUUUUCCUUUCUUACUAAGAUUAUGCCCAGAAAAAACAAGUUUUGCAUGUUUCCUGCUGUUUCUUCACACCUCCGUAUAUAUCACCUUCACCUCUCUGUUUUCUAUAGUUUGUGCAAAAACUGACCGAUUUAAAAGGGUUUCAAAGAAGCUGUUUUAAAUUGUUGUGGGGUUGAUUAUUUUUUUCAAGAUUGUAUUGUUUUAUUUUGAAGUGGCAACUUUCUCCUCUAUUGCCCUUAGAGCGUUUGCCUGUGCACUUAGACUGUCACCUCAUGUGGCCUCCAGGCCUCAGUGGGGCCUCCAGGAGGCUGGCUGCUCUGCUCAGAGAUGGGUGGGAAGCAGGCCCGGAGAGGCACGAGGAGCAGAGAUAGACCCCAGAAGGUGGCUGCGGGUAGGCAGGAGGCUUAGCGCGGUAGGGCUAGGGAGCAUCCCUCGGCCAGAAGGGGGUGCUCGGAACCCUCGGAGGAGGCCAUCUGUGCACUAAGUGGCAACAGACCUGCCAGCGCUUUUCCUAGGUGACAAGCACAAUACUACAGUCUGCACACUGUUUACAGCCCUGGGCACCACCCACCCCACACUGGCUCUUCACCGCAGCUCUGCUCUUGCUUAGCUAGUGGGGUGGAGGUGAGGGCGGGAUUUGUUUUUUUAAAUUGGGUGAAGAGCCGAAUAGCUACUGUCCCUGGGUGCCAGGCAAGCCAGUUCCUUGGUUCCCUGAGGGGAACUUGCUCUCCUCUCUUGUGGCACCAUCAGCCUCAGGGUCUUAGGGACUUGAGUAAGAAUGUGAAUGGUGGAGGGAGAGGCCAGAGGAGGUGAGAGGUCACGGGAUGGAUCUGUGGAGGUAAGAGGUUGCAGAGGAGGACUUUGUGAUAGUCCCCACCCAGACCUGAGCUGCCGGUGGGUGGGAGAGCUGGGAAGUAGGAUUGUCCAGGGAAGGGUGGAGAGGGGUAGCUGCGGGACUUGGGGGAGGGGGGCGGGGAAGGUAGAAGCACUGUUAGCAUCAUCCAUGCUGGGGUGAUGAAGGAAGGGCUCCUGGCAGAGUUUCUGCUCUGAGACCCGGCAGCUUGCCUAGUAUUAUACCCAAGGCCACUCUUCCUAGGAGGAAAGGGCGGCCACGUGGAGGCCCAGUGUGUGGGAGGCUGCUUAGUUUCCUGGAAGGGGUGAUGGGAUGGGAAGAGGCCAGGAACCCCAGCCUGAGCGGACUGCCGUGCACCCCACAGUCUGACUGCACAGAGCCGCCUCUGUGGGCAGAAGGCGCUGAGGCUCCCCUUCCUGUGUAUUCAGAAUCCGUGUUUGCCAAUACAUUUUGCUUUCAAUUCCAAGAGGAGCUCUGGGAAAACCUGUGGAUAAAACCAAAUGCCAAACGUUGGACGUUGUUUCCUUUUCUCUCUCUGAUUGUUUUAAUUGUUCUGUGGUGGUUUUAAUGGAUUUGAGACCCUGGAGCGGCAGCUGCCUUUCUGAUUUCCAGCUGCUUUUUGUGAAUAAUUUAAAAAGAAAAAAAAAAGAAACUUUACAUUUUGGAGACAAACCUGUGUGAGUUUUUUAUUGGUACAAACGUUGUAUUUAACACUAGGGGUUUUGUACAGUUUUUUGCCUUUUCUACUAGAAAACAAUGUAAAGUGAUUUCACAAUGUGAAGAGAAAAAAAAUUGCCACUAUGACCAAACGCACAGUCUGUUCUGCAGCAACAACGGGAUUCAAUCAACUCAAAAGUCGUGAUUCAGCCGUAGAAAUGCUUUUCCUUUACCUUGUUUGAGCUUUUCUUUCUUUCCUGUUUUGAUUUGCAAAAGAAAAUGUCUUUUUUGUGUGAACUUGUGUUGUACUAUGUAGAAAAUUAUGGAUUUUACUUUAAUGGUUUAAAAAAAAAAAAAGGCAAGAAGAGCCUUUGUUGCUUUUCUGACCUGAUCACAGAGUUUGUGUAGUGGAUUAAAAAAGAAAACAAUUGUUACAAGUUUGGAGCAAGGGAGUAUGUGUUUAAAAGGAAUCUCCUUCCUUUUUUUGUGUGUUUUUCCUUUUGUCCCAAUGGGGAACCUAAAUCUGUUUUAAUUGCACAGACACACGGACAAAAAGUCAUUUUGUAUCUGCCAAGUGUGGUACCUUCCUUUGUUUAUUUGCUAUUAAACUGUUUGAGAAGAA